AUGUACUACGGUGAAGACACAAGUGAACAAUGGAAGAAGAAGAAGCAAACAAAAGAGGAGGCGGCGGCUGCCCGUCGUGCCAAGUUGGAUCCUGAUAGCGAACUAAAUCGAAACGCCAAGGAGGUUAUGGACGAGCGCGCCAAGAACAAGCGCAAGGCGCGCGAGAUGGAGCAGCAGGACGAGGCUGACAACGAUGACGACUGGGAGGAGUACGAGCCUGUUCCUGGCGUUGACUCCGAGAAACCUGGCGAAGGCCUCAAGACCAAGGCGGCAGAGACCAACAAGAAGCCCAAGCUCGACGAGAACGAGGGUGCAGAGCCCAAGACCAUAAGUGAAGCGGCUGCCCUUAAACAAUCAAGGAAAGAAGAGAAGCGAGCAGCCAAGAAGGAUAAGAAGAAGGAGAAGAAACCCAACAAGACAGAUGCGCCCGAGGCCGAGGACAAUGAUGCGCCCGCCCCGACAACAAAGGCUCAGAAGCAAGCCGCAAAGAAGCAAGCAAAGGCUUCCGCUACCAAAGCCCAGAAACAGGAGGAUGACGAGACAACAACCCCUCUUGACGACGAUGAAGUUCUACCUAUGGAUAUCUCAGGUCUGGCGAAGGACGAAGAAGCCAGUGGUAACUCAAGCCAUGAAUCCGAGCCACACUCCCCUACCUUUGACACAAUCGACUCUGCAACAACCCCAGCCGACGCAACUGCCGACCCUGCCAGCACCACUACUUCUAUUUCAUCCACGGUCCCCCCUUCUGAGAAGCCCAAGCACAUCAAGCUCCCUGCCGACACCACUGCCAUUCGACAGCGUCUAGCUGCUAAGAUCGAGGCUCUCCGUGCUGCCCGAAAAGCCGACGGCCCUGAUGGAAAGCCUAUACGCACACGCCAAGAACUCAUCGAGUCGAGACGAAGGAAGCAAGAACUUCGAAAGGCUCACAAGCAAGAGAUGCGCAAGCAGGCCAAGCUGGAGGAGCAGCGCAAGCGUGAGGAAACACUCGCAUCCAACUCGCCGGGUAUUAUGAGCCCCGCUGUCGAGCUCGACGAGGCUGCUAGCAACUUCACAUUCGGCCGUGUCGCCUUUGGUGAUGGCGCUCAGCUGUCGCGUGAUCUCGGCCAUGUCCUAAGUCAGGGCAAGAAGAAGGGUCCUUCCGAUCCCAAGACUGCCCUCAUCAAGGUCCAGAACCAGAAGAAGCGCCUCCAGGAGCUCGAUCCUGAGAAACGCGCCGACAUUGCUGAGAAGGACGUCUGGUUGACAGCCCGUCGCCGUGCCGAGGGUGAGAAGAUUCGCGAUGAUGAGGCUCUCCUGAAGCGCGCCGUCAAGCGAAAGGAGGUUGCCAAGAAGAAGAGCGAAAAGGCCUGGCGAGAGCGAUCCGACGGUGUCAAGAUGGCACAGAGGGACCGUCAACGUAAGCGAGAAGAUAAUCUCCGCGCACGACGUGACGACAAGCUCCUCGGAAAGGCAGGCAAGAAGAAGAAGAAGGGUGGCGCCGCUGGAGCUAAGAAGAAGGGCCGUCCCGGUUUCGAGGGAAGCCUGGGUGUUGGAGGUCGAAAGAAGUAA